UUAUCUCUCCUUAAACAGAGAUUUUCAGGGAGUAAAAAAUACCCCCACUACAAUAGUACAAUUUUUAUCUAUAUCACGCAUAUUUUUCUAUACUUCAGAUGUCCAUAAAAAGUUACCUGAAGAACCUUUUAUACCAGCCUAGGCAACUACUGUCCGAAUUUCAACAGCUUGAUCAUCAGCAGUUCCGAACUGCAAUGAAGUAUCUUUUCAACAGCAGAAAGGACCGUCUUGAAAUGGGAAAUAUUAUUCUUGACUGGGAUAAGACGAGAGAGAGAAUUUUUCAAAGCCCAGGAGUAAACAGGACCCUGUUCCUUAUAACACUGGAUAAAUGCUUUUUGGCUCUGAGUGCUUUGGACUGCGUGGAUAUCCUAAGCCAGGUUUUGCGUGUGUCAGUGGUGAACUAUCUCCAACCUGAUGUCAUUGGGAGCCUCCCAAAUGUUCUGCAGGAGGAUGCCUUCAGAAACUUAUCAACAGUAUUCAAGGACCUCUAUGACAAAACCUCAGCAAAUACACAGAGAGCUCUGUACGGCUGGAUGAAGCAGAUGCUACAAAAAUCCUAUAACAUGAGUGGCCUGGAGUGGUGCCGAGACGUCGGACACCGCCGGAGGCAUCGGGAGAGGAAUAAUCAGCACCCAGUUGUGGUGGUGUGA